UGUGUAUGGUGGAGGAGAGAGAGAGUCGCCAUUACUGGCUGCUUGUAAGCAGAGCAACACAUUCCUCUCCUGGAGCACCAAAACACAACCUUCAUCGUCACAUCGCAGCAGACGUCACCUUCUUUCGGACCGAGCAGCCCCAAGGGACACCACAGGACUUGUAUGGUGGAUGUUGCCAAGGACUUUUCUGCGUUUUUCAUGAGGGACUGGGUGCUGCUCUUCUCCGCGGUAUGUGGACGUGGGAGCGACCAUGUUCCUCCUAGGCAGGUGAUAAGAGGAGAAACCAGCUGCUCUAUCCCAGCUCCAAGAAUACCCAGGAUAGAACCAGAAAGUGGGUCUCACCACGAGCUGAAGGAGAAUCUGAAAAUGAACGUGCCUCCGUACCACUGACAAGCAGGCCUGGAUUGAUAUCCUGACCUUUUUUCCUGGAAGCGAGUUAGCGAUGAGUGGGCGGAUAUAAUGGCCAAGAACAAGGAUGCACGCCCCCCGACAUUUGCUGUCAGCGUGGUUGGCCUCUCCGGGACGGAGAAAGAUAAGGGAAACUGUGGCGUGGGGAAGUCCUGCCUGUGCAAUAGAUACAUACGUCCUGACGCGGACAACUACUUCUCUGAGCACACCUCAGUGCUGAGCACAAUCGACUUUGGGGGGCGCGUGGUUAACAAUGACCACUUCUUGUACUGGGGAGAGGUUCCCCACAGAGGGGAUGAGGGACUGGACUGUAAAAUCCAAGUCAUCGAGCAGACAGAGUUCAUUGAUGAUCAGACAUUUCUUCCACACCGGAGUACCAACCUGCAGCCGUAUACCAAACGGGCGGCGGCGACCAAGCUUCAGUCUGCAGAGAAGCUCAUGUAUAUCUGUACCGACCAGCUUGGCUUGGAGCAGGACUUUGACCAGAAGCAAAUGCCUGAUGGAAAGCUGAAUAUUGAUGGUUUUGUGCUCUGCAUAGACGUCAGCAAAGGCUGCAACAGAAAGUUUGAUGACCAAAUGAAGUUUGUCAACAGCCUCUACUCCCAAAUUGUAAAGUCAAAGAAACCCAUUGUUGUCGCUGCCACAAAAUGUGACGAGUUAGUAGAGCAGCAUCUGCGGGACCUUCAGACUUUUGUUGCCAGCAAGAAAAAUGUACUUCUUGUUGAGACAUCAGCACGCUCCAAUGUCAACGUGGAGCUCUGCUUCAAUGCUCUCAUCCAGCAGCUGGAUAAAACACGAGGCAAGCCAAAAACUGUGCCGUACUUGGACGCCUCUAAAGUCCAAAGGCAGCUAGUUGCCUCAGUAACAGAAAGAUUUGAGAAACUAAUGGUGCAGAUGGUGAGAGAUUACCAUACCACAUGGAAAGGAGUGGUCAGUAACAUGAAAGGUAACCCGGACUAUGAGGAGUUCAUCACCUUGGAGGGCUCAAGAAAGGGCAGAAAUAUGUUCACAAAGCACAUUGCACAACUGAAACAAGAGCAAAUCAAAAGGAGGAGAGAAGAGUACCUGACAACGCUGCCCAAAACACUAAACAAUCUCCUGAGUCGCUUAGAAGAGGUUGAGCACCUUACGUGGUCCGAGGCGCAAAGUGUGAUCCGGAACCGCUCUGAUUUCCAGUGCUGGUUUGUGGUACUGGAGCAAACGCCGUGGGACGAGACAGACCACAUUGACAACAGUGAUCGGAGAAUACCGUUUGACCUUCUGAACACCCCUGAUGGUGAGAGGAUCUACCAUAACCAUGUCCAGCACCUGCUCUCUGAGAAGAGGAGGGUGGAGAUGAAGGAAAGGUUCAAGAAGACGCUGGAGAGGGUUCAUUUUAUCAGUGCAGGGCAGCCUUGGGAGGAGGUCAUGUGCUUUGUUAUGGAGGAUGAAGCCUACAAGUACAUCGCAGAAUCAGAUAGGAGGGAUGUUUACUGUAGACACCAGCAGGAAAUAGUUGAAAGGGCCAAAGAGGACUUUCAGGAAAUGCUAUUUGAACACGCUGAGCUGUUCUACGACUUGGAUCUGAAUGCCACCCCAAGCUUUGACAAGAUGAGUGAAAUUCACAGCGUGUUAAAUGAGGAGCCCAGAUACAGAGCGUUGCAGAAACUUGCCCCAGACCGAGAGUCACUCCUCCUCAAACACAUUGGCUUUGUUUACCACCCCACUAAGGAGACAUGCCUGAGCGGGCAAAACUGUGUAGACCUGAAAGUGGAGCAGGUUUUAGCAAACAGGCUGGUACAGCUCGACCACGGCCGCUCCAAUUUGUACUACAAUAGUGCCAACAUAGAUAAGAUCAACCUCUGUCUCCUGGGAAGGGAGGGUCUCUCACAAGAACUAGCGAAUGAGAUUCGAGCUCAGUCCACAGACGACGAGUACACCGUUGAUGGCAAAAUUUAUGAAUUGGAGCUUCUUCCUGUGGAUGUCAACUCCACACUGCUCUUUAGUCAUACAUGGGUCUCCACUUUCAAGCCACAUGGCUGCUUCUGUGUAUUCAAUUCCAUAGAGUCCCUCAACUGUAUUGGGGAUUGCAUUGGCAGGAUAAGAGCAGAGAUUGCCCAGAGCAGAAGAGAGAGGUUUGCGCCGCCUCUUCCUUUUAUCCUCAUCCUGGCCAACCAGAGGGACAGUGUUUGUAAAAACAUACCUAUCCUGCGACACCAAGGCCAGCAGCUGGCAAACAAACUUCAGUGCACGUUCGUAGACAUCCCGUCCGGUGCCUUUCCGAGGAAGUUCACAGAGUUCCAAAUCAAGCAGGGCCUCCGAGCAGUGCUGGAGGGGCUCAAGCAGAACUUUGAUGUCCUCGCCCCGCUGCCCUCAAUCAAAGACAUGUCGGAGGCCGACCUCCGGAUAGUCAUGUGCGCCAUGUGUUGGGACCCCUUCAGCGUCGACCUCAUUCUCUCGCCUUUCCUCGAGUCGCACUGCUGUAGCGCAGGGCAGCCGGGCCAGAGCAACACACUCAUGUUGGACAAGAUCAUUGGGGAUAGCAGGAGGCGGAUACAAGUCACGAUCCUCUCUUAUCACUCUGCCAUUGGUGUACGCAAAGAUGAGCUGGUGCAUGGCUACAUCUUGGUCUAUUCGGCGAAACGCAAGGCUUCUAUGGCGACCCUUCGUGCUUUCUUGGCAGAGGUCCAAGAUGUGAUCCCUGUCCAAAUGGUGGCCAUCACAGACAGCCAGGCAGACUUCUUUGAAAACGACGCCAUCAAGGAGUUGAUGACGGAAGGGGAGCAUAUUGCCACAGAGAUUGCCGCCAAAUUUACAGCACUUUACUCGCUGUCACAGUACCACAGGCAGACUGAAGUUUUUACGCCCUUCUUCAACGAAGUGCUUGAGAAAAAGCCAAACAUCGAGAGUUCCUUUUUGUUUGAUAGCUCGUCAAGGGAGUGCACCACUGGUGCCAGUGAAGAGGUCUUUCAGACCUCACCACAUAGCCAUUCACCAGCAUACAACACCUAUUACGUGGAAUCUGAUGAGGACAAUGAAGCCCCCCCACCUUAUAGUCCAAUAGGCGAUGAUGUUCAGCUUCUUCCCACACCCAGUGAACGGGCCAAGUACCGCAUCGACCUGGAGGGCAAUGAGUAUCCGGUCCAUAGCACACCCAUCGGCGACCACGAACGCAACCACAAAGUGCCUCCACCUGUCCGACCCAAACCCGCUCUUUCCAAGCCUAAUGUAAAAAAGUUGGACCCAAACUUGCUUAAAACUAUUGAAGCUGGAAUGCGAAGCAACCGCAAGACUCCACGUGGGCCCAUGAUGCACUCAAAUGACAUGGAGCCUUCAGACAACUAUGCAGACCCUGUGGACACCCUGCUGAGGACCCGAGGCUUCAACAGUGACGACACAUAUGCCGAGCCCGACGACGCGCACAGCCGCCUGGUCAAAAUCCGAAACUCGUUUGGCCUCCACGGCGGAGGAGAGGAGGAGAAUGGAUACGACCGCAAAUCUCAGGCUGGACGGCGGCCUUCCAAAUACAAACAUCGCUCCAAAAUCCUGUUCAGCAAGACAAAGGCCUACCAAAGACGCUUCCAGUCGGACAGCGACGGAGAGGAGACAGGCCCCGCCACGCAAAAGAAGAAGAAGGGGAGGGCCCAUCGGGGCAGCGAGGAGGACCCCUUAUUGUCUCCUGCUGACCCCUGGAAGGGUGGUAUAGAUAACCCUGCCAUCAUGUCUGACCCCGAGCAGGAAGACAAGAAAAUGAAGAAGAAGAAGACAACCAAGACACCAAAGGAACCGAAGAAGGCCAAAUCUUCCAAGCCCCCCAAGCCACUGUACCCCCCAACGAGAAGAACGUGGGAGAGCAACUACUUUGGCGUUCCUCUGCAGAACCUGGUGACCCCGGAGCGACCCAUCCCACUCUUUAUUGAGAAGUGUGUGGACUACAUUGAGCGUACAGGUCUGACCACAGAAGGCUUGUACCGCGUCAGUGGCAACAAGACUGACCAGGACAACAUCCAGAAGCAGUUUGACCAAGAUCACACGAUCGACUUUGUAGUGAUGGACGUGGCCGUCAACGCAGCCGCCGGAGCGCUCAAAGCUUUCUUCGCCGACCUGCCCGACCCACUGAUCCCUUACAGUCUGCACCCGGAGCUUGUGGAGGCCGCAAAAAUCGUGGACUACAUCGAGCGCCUGCAGGUCCUGAGGGAGAUUGUGAAGAAGUUCCCCUCGGUCAACUACCAUGUCUUCAAAUACAUCAUCACACACCUGAACAGGGUGAGUCAGCACAGCAAGAGCACGCUGAUGACGGCAGACAACUUGUCCAUCUGCUUCUGGCCCACGCUGAUGAGACCAGACUUUGAGAACAAGGACACCUUGUCCACCACUAAGCUCAACCAGGCAGUCAUCGAGUCAUUCAUCGUGCAGAGUGACUACUUCUUCCACGGCGGCGAGGUGGCCGACAGCUCGAGUAGCGGGGGCACGCCCCCCCCGCGCUGCCACAACAUGGUAGAGGCGCUGCUGCCCCUGCAGCUGCCGCCCCCCCUCCAGCCCCAGCAGAUCCAGCACGCCCUGCCCCCCGACCCCCUCAUCUGAGAAGCGUGCCGGGGAGCGCGGUUUCGUCGGCGGUGUCUGCAGGCGGGCUGUAAGGACACGUCAGACGCUGCCUGCGGCGCCCGCUGCUCCCGGACUGGAGAACUCCCAACAUGAAGCCACUUUGGAACCUUUUCUUUCUAGCAACGUGAUUUAGCACAUAGCAAUGACAUUAAUCAUUAGCAGGGUCUGAUUCCUCCCACCGAUGACACAGCACACGGCGUCUAGCUGACCCCACCCCUUUUGCCACUCGCCCCCAACUGUGGUUGGUGAGCUGAAAUGACUUCCGUCUUCCUGCAGGUCUUCACAUUUCAGCAACACUUGUAACGUUUGACCUCAGCUGAAGACGCCAUCAAUUGUAGAUAAUUUCAGUAUGGGAGGGGCAGCCCCCUUCCGCAAAGAAGAGCACAGUGUCAAAGGUCAUAAUUGACCAUUUCAUUUGUGUUUUUAUUAUUUUGACUUUUCUUUUUGAUAUAUUUCUAUGUCGUCUAAUUUCUUAUCCUGUCUGUGUGCGUGCGUGUGUGUGUGUGUGUGUGUGUGUGUGUGUGUAUGUAUGUAUGUCCUGUGUGUGUGUGUGUGUGUGUGUGUGUGUGUGUGUCUAUUCAAACCUUCUCCACAGAGAGAUGGUCGGAUUUAGGAGGGAAGAAAAAAAAAAGUUCAGCCUGUUGGCGUUUUCGCCUCCUGAUGCUUUUAUUUUGAAGGGACAAGCCCUCUGCCGAGGCACAUGAGCGAUAUAACCACUAGGUGGCGACUCGUUUGGGACGUCUGCAUGUUUUUAGUGAAAAAACACAAAACAAAAGAAAAAACGCUAAAAGGCGCAUUUAUUCCGUUGCAUCUCUCAUUCGGAAUGUUUUUCAGUUUAAGGGGAAGUUUUUUAUUUUGAACUUGAUAUCAUAUUUUUGGUUAAAUGUUUUUUUCCUAAAUAGAGGAAAAAAGUUUAUAUAAGAAUAAAUAUAUAAGAAUUUAUCAGCAGGAAUGUUGCUGAUGGACUCAAACGUAACCGGGUACUCCUAGAAGCUAAGUGGCGCGCGUGUGUGUAUGUGUAUGCUGUACCAAUAAGGAUGUUCCAAGAAAACGGUUCAAUAUAGAUGAAAUCCCGACUGUCUUUGAACGCAGCACGCUAUGAGUCUUACUGUCCUCCGUCAGGAUGAGAAGUUUCAAGUUAAGUAAUGGUUGGGUAAGGUUCGGACGCUCGUAGCACUUUGUGGCAUGAUCUUUUGUGGCAUGAUCUUCUGACGCUGGAAAGACGGAACGUGAUGAGACGGCAAUAACGCGAUGUUUGACUUCUUAAAGAGACAGAAAUGUGAAAGUGCUUCAACGGGUGACGGUUUUAAGCCACGUAACACCUGUCAAGUCCUGUGACGUGAUGACCCCGGCACACCUAAGGCCACACCCACAGUCACAUGACUUGUGUGGAUGUAUGACUUGCGGAAGUGCGUGUGCGUGCGUGUGUAUGUAUGUGUGUGUGUGUGUGUGUGUGUGUGUGUUGUGUCGAACGCUAUGGAAGGAUGUAGAAAAGUUUAGCGCUCGUCCUCGCCGCUUCCUGCCAACACGGUGGACAUGUUUACAUCGCUGACUGUUGGCAGGCUAGCUGUGACGUCACAUGGAAACAAAAGGUCUUUUUGUUGGCUCAAGUGCACAAUUUCCAUCCACUGAAAUUGCAACUGAAUGUAACAAACUAAGGCAGGGGUGUCCAAAGUGUGGGCUGGGGGCCAUUUUUACCCCACAGCUGUUUUUUUAUUUUUUAUUAUUGCUUCUCGUCGUCUUCUACCACGUAUUUGCCCUUCUUUCACGACGCUCUCCUGUUUGAAUAGUUUCCCUAUUUCUAAUAGUAUAAUAAGCACAUCCUGGGGAAGAUCAGAAUUUUGCUUAUUUUAUAAUGCAAAUGGUGCAUGGGUAUAUUGUAAAAAUCAAAUAAUUGAUGAUUAUUGAGAUAUAUUAUUAGAUAUUAUGCAACGAUACAGAGCCGGCCCUACCAGACGUGGCACCCCCAAAAGAAGUGGAAUAGCAGUGUUUUUACAUGCGUAACACAUUACAAAUGUAAAAAUCAGAAAUACAAUAUACAUACCCUUACCUCAAAAUAAAAAUCCUAUAAUCGAUCAAUAAUAGUAAUAAAUUAGAAAUACAGCAAGCAGCAUCAAAUUUAAAUAAGCACUCAAAAUUAAGUGAAUAAAAAAUACGGUAAAUGAAUAAGUAAAAUGAGCUAAAAUAAAUCAAAAUAACUGUACAGAAACAGACUUUCUGUGUUUAAUAAUUUGUGUUCAUAUUGGGCAUUGCUUUUGUUUCAAUAGUACGUCAUAACUACUUUUAAUUAUGUUGAAGGUGAAUUUUUUUUUUUGCCGAUUUAGUGGUGCCCAUAGCCUUUGCUUAUAAUGCCAGUGGGCCAACUGGCUCUGCUUCUAGAACACAAAGCUACGAUGUGGAUGUUUUGUUCAGAUAGUUUAGCAUUUAUUGACCAACAUUGGAUUGCUUUUAGCAUCUUUAAUGUACAGAAUGUACCCUUCAAUUUUUAUGUACGCGACCCUCACUGGACACCCUGAAGUAAGGGGAGCGUGUAUUGCUUUUGAAAUAAUGUGAACAUUUAAGACAGAUUGGAAUGCAGCCCGACACUUGUUGAACCUUGAUGAAACAGACCAAUCAGACUGAAAGGCGUCAAAUGCCGUCAAAUUUGAUUGGUUGAAGGUCAUGUUGGCGAGGACGUGCGUCUGGAAUGAGAGUGAUGCGAGAGAGAUGCUUUUUCUGAGUGACUAAAGGGACAAAAUAUUCAAAUUGGAACACAGCCAGAAGGCCUUUAGAAGCUUUUACGAUGCUGGACUGACAAGGAUGUAGACAAGACACGAUGGGAAUGGAAUGCGGCCAAGAGUUUUUGUGGCGCUUUAAGAGGAGGCGUGUGCCGCUGCUAGCUAAUUGAAGAUACGGCGCUAUUUGUGUAGUCUCCAUCAACUCAUGUCUGCCACAAAGUGUAAGAACCUCAACUGUAACAUAGUCAAGAAACCGGACGUUCUCAAUCGUUUCCUAAUAAAUUUCCCUUUUUUCCAA